AUGACCUUAAGUACACGCCUCAGCCAGGACGCCUCCCGCCUCAUCCCAAUCAUCAGCGAGGAGCACACGAAUGACUGUUGGUUUUUGCGGGUGCAGCAAGACAGGUUGCUGGACCUAUUCAACACGUCGGACCAGCCAUGGUCGGGUCACCGUGAGGUUACACCGGCUGACGCGGCACUUAUGUGGGGAGGCAGUUUACCAGAAUCACCGCCUGCCAUGCUCUAUUUCACCACCAUACCAGAAGACAAUGAGCGUGCCUUCCCCUCUGUCGUAGAAGAAUUUCAGCCUUCUGUAAUGCUGGAGGAAUCUGUCAGACUGGUUCAUGGGUCCAGUCUGUGUUCAGGCAGACUGCAGGUGAAGUUGAACCAGUCCUGGUCCUCAGUGUGUGAAGAUGACUUUGACCAGCAGGAUGCACAGGUGGUCUGCAGGGAGCUGGGCUGUGGACCUCCUUCAGUCGUCCAGGGGGCGCUCUAUGAAGAAAUAGAGCCUCCAAAGUGGACCAAAGUGUUCCACUGUAGAGGAAAUGAGUCUGGUCUUUUGGCCUGUGGAUGCUCAGGUUCAGACAGAAACUCCUGCUCACCUGGUAAAGCUGUUGGACUCACCUGCUCAGAGCCUGUCAGGUUGGUGGGAGGAGCGAGUGGAUGUGCUGGUACACUGGAGGUGAAAGUCCAGGAAGACUGGAGACCAGUGGAGGACUAUUCCUGGACCCUGGAGACAGCAGAUGUGGUGUGUCGAGAUCUGGACUGUGGCUCUGCUGUUUACACAGAAAAGAGAAAUGUUUCCUCACACAGACCUGUGUGGGAGAUCACAUAUGAGUGUGUUCAGUCUGGAUCUGCACUGAGGGAAUGUGUGAAAUCUUCAUUUUCUUCUUCCGGCAUAUUUCAGAUCAUCUGUUCAGAUGACCUGGACAAUCUGUUUGCUGAUGGGAGCCUUCCAGUCUGGAUAUGGCAGCCCGAGAAACACCUGCCACCUCCCCCACCUAACUCUGACAGUGAGUCUGAUUGGACUGACAUAGAUGAUGAUGAUUAUGAUGAGGAGGAAGACGACUCUACAUCCGAGAUGGGGAAGCAGGUGUAG